CAACCUUCCUAAGCCCCUGGUGCCUUCUAUAGAAAGGAAGCAACAUAGCACCUCAGGGCACCCUUGGCUACCAAAACUGUGCUUUCACAACACCAUAAUGGAGGAGGCAGAGCUCUGGUGGAACUCACAUGGAGUUCCAUGUGUUCUCAACAGCAAGAUCAUCAGAAUUCCGUGGCAAAAGCGAAAUACACGUAAUUCAAGAAGAGACAUAUAGUGAUUCAAAUGGAUCCUCUUGACAUGGAACUUACCCGAAGCUACUAAGCGAAGGAAGAAGGCAGCUGACACUUGUUGUCCCAGCCAGCGCCUCAACCAUGCCUCCCCUCCCACCGCUCAAUCAAACGAUUAGGUUUGGAGCAUCUAAUCCCAUAGCAAAUUGGCAAUGCCAAGAAGAGCUAUAAACCGGAGCAGUGCCUGGAUGCCGGGCCACUGGGAGCCGCCUUUCCGCGGCUCUGAGCUUUCGGCCGGGAGAAAAGAAAGAAGGAAGCAUGAUGGGGCCACAGAAGUACAUGCCGGAACAGAGAAGAAUUCAAGCCCAGCCAUGACCUUCCCCACUCCAGGAACAGGCCGAGUUCAACGCCAUCUCCCCGGCAGCGCCUCUCUGCGUAACUGCGCGCCAGACAGGCAGUUCAGGCAGCCAAGCGGAGGCCGAAAAACCAGAUGCGGCGGCGGGCGAAGCGGGAGGGAGCUUGGUGGUGCCGCAGCUUCUCCGCGGAUUGGCUCGGCUGCUCCCCGCCCCUUCUCGGCAGGCUGCGCCUUUCCCCGCUGGGGCAUGGCCAGCCGACGUAAAGUUUCGUCGCCGUGCCUGCGGGAGGUUUCUUCUCGUGCUAGGUGGUUGCUGAAAGGAGGGCGAGUCAGCCGGGCUCGGAAGACGAAGACGGCAGGCACGAGCCGCCUGUUGCGCUUCAGCCUGCCUCUCGAUGAAUAUGCCUCUCGACCUUUUCCGGGCAGGUGCGAGAACCGAAGACCAGAUUCCAGCCUUGAAGCUCUUUCGGCCUGGCUUGCUUCUGGCAAGCCACCUUCUCAGAGUUCAUGUUCCAUCAGUUUGUUUUAACUCUGCAUUCAGUUCUGAUUCAAACACUAAUUUUAAGAACUGUUUUGAUAACUCAUUCAGACAAUUUGAAUGGGUUUUGAUAAAUAGUGAGCAAAAUAAUUUGAUACUAUGCUGCAUAAAAUGUAACUCUAUAAAAUGAACACAAUAACUUGAAAGUUUUAAAAUUUUGGUUAUUUAAGAAAGGUGUUCACAAAGAACACACACACGGAUAAACAGGAGACUAAAACAAAUACACACGAGAGCCAACUGACCAGAUUACAAUCUUUCCUUCCCUUCCCCGCCUCCCAUAGUAGUAGUGAUUAUAUAUAAAAUAGUGAUUAUACCCACUAGUUUACAUUUUAUAUUCUUCCCAUGUACCAAAAUUGUAUUUGAUUUACAUUGUACUUAUGUCACCUUUAGAAAGGGCUUAAGCCUCAAGAUAGAUAACAAAUACCUCUGUGAUCCUCUGUGUGCUAUAAGACAUAUAAAGUAUCGGGAAGGUACUCCUACAUACUGUAGUUAGCAUAUUGGAGCAGUCACACACACAAUUUAAGUCAGCACCAAACAGAGAUGAAGCCUUUUUAUCAGAUGGGGGUUGGGGGCAGGGGAAGCAUGGAAGCACAACCAGAAAAUAUACACUAGAGCAGCAUAAAUCUGCAAUCCUUCAUAACCAGGGGUGGCUGAAUCUCAUUGUUAGUUACCACCAGCCCACAGGACCAGCUAAAUUUAUCAAUCUUUUCUAGAUUCAGUAUCUGGCCUUCAACAAGAGCAAGAUAAUAUUAGAAGUACAAAUGUGGGACCAAGGAGGUUAAAUGGAAUAUCAUUAGCACACAACAAAGUAUUUUCCAGAGAUUAUCCCUAGCCAGGCAAGAACUAUAUGGUUCUCCUACUACAACUACAAACUUUAGCAAAGGGAAGAAUUAUUGGUCACAAACAAGAGAGUUAAUACAGGAGGUGUAGCUAUUCCCUUGGAGACCUUUUAUUGACAAUAAGAUAGUAGGCAAGGUCAAAGUGGGUGUGUCCAUCUUGAAAAUCCUGGGAUUGCCAUUGAGUCGGUUGUCUCAAGGGUGGGAGAAAGUGUGUGAAAGAUGCAUCUCAUAGACCAUCUGAAACUGAGCAAGAACCAAGUAGACAAGGCUUCCAGUGCUUGGGGUGAAUGAAGAACACAACAAAAUCAAAUCCAGCAUAGUUUAAUUACUCAGUGUCUAGUUUACACAAGAUAAAUCAUGUUUUCUGUAAUGCAAAUAGCCACCACCCACCAAAAUGGUCAGCUAGUCACUAUGCAGCCUGCAGAAUUCUGACCCACUCUCUUUCUUGUAACGUGUUUAUUCUAAUUAACAGAAUAAAAACUAUAUACAAAAACUUCUAAAAACAUGAAUUAUGUACACAAAGUUAACUUGUUUUACUAGUAGAGAGAGUGCAGCAAGAAUAUGAUUUCCACACUGGAUUAGUAAAGAAGACCUCUGAAUAAAAGAUACAAUAACACAAAGACAUUCUCUGCAUUGGAAGUUUAGUACAGUUUUAAACUAUGUACAUUCUGUGUUUUAGCAGUGGCUUGCUAGAACAUUGAAAAAGUGAAAAACUUCAUCCUUAUCUAAGACAGCUACUUCUGUUGAACAUUCUGUACAUUUUACAGGAUGAUAUAUUUCCUCCUCUUCCUGUUUUUCCAGGCCAACAAAGGAUUCACUGCUUUGUUUAGUUUUCUUGUGCCCUCUUUUUGUCUUCUUGUUCAAUGGGCCUUUGUAUUUUAAAAUCUCUUCUUUGAUAACGGUGCAAUUCAUCACAAACAUUGCUCUAUACUGAGUUUUGUAUGUUUCGUGCCUAAAAAUAAAAAAGGAAUGCAAUCAC